CCAAAAUUCAAAAAUGGAUGACAGUCAAGCCUGGACUUGAAAUGUAAUGCAUCAGAGGACUUUUCAGGACGAUGUCAUCCAACCAUGGAAGACAUCUUGUAGGACCUCAUUUCCCACAGGCUACAGCUAAGAAAACUGUGUACCCAUUACCACAGCAAUUAGCAGAGAAAGUGAUUAAAGAUCGAGGAAGAAAUGCAUAUGUUGUUGUGUUUGACACCAAUGAAACAGUAGACAGUUCAUCUGGGUUGUCAAAUUCUGAUCGGAACAGUGUUUUGAAAACAUCCUCCAGAAUACUAAAUGAAACGAAUAUUAAACAGGAAAAUGAUUCCUCGUCAUUUCAGAAACUUUCAAGAUCUAAAUCUACCUCAACUGAGGAUGUCAAAAUCAACUUUUCAAACUUAGAAUUUGAAGAAUAUGACAGCUCUAAGACAGCUGUCAAAGUUUUUAGUGAUGAUGAUAUUGAUAUUGAAAUUGAUAAGUGUACAGUUAAACAAGAAAUUGAUGAAGGUUAUGAAGAAAUACACCGUACAAGGACUAGUGAACCAAUUGCAGGUUACAUGGUUAUUCCUCCUUCCUUCUCAACACCUUUGUCCUCAAAAUUUAAUUUAUCAGGGUCUUCAGGCUACUUCAGUGGUGGCAGUAGUGGUAUAUAUUCACAAUUCAACACUCCAAGCCCUCUUCCAACACCAGAACAGGGAUUUCAACAUCCAGCAGCUAGGCAAAUUAUACUGGUUCCAUCCUCAGUUUCUUUAGAAGGAAGAAAUGUUUUACCUCAAUAUUCUAACAUUUCACCUAUGUCUUCUUUAGCAGCAGGCCUCCAUAAUUCUGCAAGAAUACAGUCACCUACAGUGUUUUCUACUAAGAAAUUUACUGGAGCAGAUGCUUUUUCCUUACCAGAAAAUCCACAGGAAAAAUUUGUAAGUUUGGAACAUGAUGAAAGUAACAGACCACUGUCAUCAAUCUCAUUAGAAAGCACAUCUCGGUCAUCAACUCCAUUCCAGUGGGAGCAAGUUGAAAAUCGUAUAGUCAUACAAGCACCCAAUAAAAAACCAUUAGAUCUUUCACUACCAAAUGUCAACAAAACUGCAGCAGAAGUCCAACAGAGUAUUAAUGAAGUUCUUAAAGAAAUGCAAAAACCAAAAACCCAGACAUCAAAAAUUGGAGAAGUUGUCAUUCAUUGUGACGUAAAACAGAAAGAAACUGUUGUAAUGGUACAACAAGGAGACUCAUCUAAUUAUACCAUUGGACAUCUUCCAAUGUCUGACUCUCAAGAAUCAAUAAACCCAAGAUCUUCAGAAAUGUUGCCUCCAUGUAUUAAACAGGAAACAGAUGACAUUUAUUCCCAUGAUUCCGGUGGUUUUGUGAAAUCCCCUGAAGCAUUUGGUUUUACUAAUUCUCAAGAAUCUAAUGAUUCUGCUGCUGUUCCUAUGGAAAAAGAGGUAUUAGAUACAUCAUUAACUAACAUCCAGUGGUUGGGUGGUAUACAGUUGAAGAAUCCAACUAAGGCAGACAAGCCUGAUCCAUCGAAGUCAGUCCAUAGUACUACACCUGUUCAAUGGAAAAGAAUGAGUACUGAUGAUAUUUUGCGGAUUGCUGCAGAAUGUGGUAGAAAGAAAAGACCACCAUUUUCUUACAUGACCUUGAUACAAAUGGCUCUGCACAGUAAAGAAGACAAAAGAAUGAGAUUAAGAGACAUAUGUGCUUGGAUAGAAAGUACAUUUCCAUAUUACAAGUACACUGCCAAACCUGGUUGGAGGAAUUCUAUCAGACAUAAUUUGUCAUUGUAUAGUAUUUUUGAAAGAGAAACCAAUAAGAAACAUGGUUCAUACUGGACUGUAAGAGAUGAUUGUCCAGAGAAAUUAAAGUCUUGUCCUGUACGAGAUACCAAAAAAGAUGAGGUCAAAUCAGAUUCUCCCCUUCCCUUUAAUGGAAUGAUACCGGUGAUUCCAUCAUAUAUACCACAGUCUACUGCUUCCACAACUUGUACAGGAACUCAGGCUAGAAAACGAGCUGGACCACAACCAAUAUUACCUCGACCGUCACCUCUUGGUAAUGGACCUCUACAGACCUAUGCCCUGAUACCAAUACAAAAUGUACCUAAUUCUACAGCACAGAAUCAAAAUCUUCCUCUGACAAGUUCUCAGGAGUCUACGUCUAGUGAAAAUUCUCAAUCAGAUUCAAAGAAAGGCAAUAAAACCAGAAAGAUUGCUCCAAAAUUGUCUCCUUCAUUACUUCUGUCCCCACCAAACAUAGUGAAACAGGCAUGGCUUGAUUCUCAGGCCCUGAGCAGUAGUGAGGCUGAAGGUCAAGGUGAAAGUAUUAAAAGUGACAAUGAAACAUGUGCCAAAAGAGCCAGAACAGGCUUGCCUCAACCAAAACUAUAUUCCAAAGAUUCUCAACCUGUUAGACGAACUAGAUCUAGACGCAAGCAGAAGUUAGUUCCCAAAGAACGUGAAUUAAUGCAAGAUAGUUCAGAUGAAGAAACUGAAUAUGCAAAGUUUGUGUCACGAUUAGAAGAAGAACUUCCAACUCCGAUGCGGAAAUUACUAGAUGAAAAUGUUGAGAAAUGUGAUGAAUGUGAUGAAUCAAGUGCAAUAACCUCUACUCCUCUUAAAAACUCAGGAUUCUUACCUCAGAUGCCUUCACCUUUCUCAGGACUUACACCUUUAAAAAAUGAAAAUAUUUUGGAUAAUAGCUUCCUAGAAUGUUUGAGAGGUUCCCCACAAAUGAUGACAAAAAAGUCCCCAUCAUCAUCUUCCAGUUCUUCGCCAAAAUUAGAUUUGAAUUUCAUUGGUCUAACACCAAUUAAGAUUAGUAACAAUGACAAUUCAUAUAAUCUAUCAAAGUUUCUAGCUGAGUAUCCCAUUGAUGCUAACAUGGUGGAUGAUGCAGAUGUGUUGCCGGUUGAUCUAUCUGCUUUGAACUGGAGUUCAGUACAAAAUAUGUUGCCUUUGGAUAAUAGCUGAUUUUGUUUAAGGCUGGUUCAGAAAUGAAUAUCUGUAGGGACUAGAAAGUCUGAAGUCAGAGCAAUAUCAUUUGAAUAAAGAUAUAUAAAAGAUAAUAAUAAAAAAUUUAAAGCAAGUUGUUAAGUGUAAGUUAUUUGUUAAAUUUCAAAAACAAAUUUAAUUACAUUGAUUUCUGAAUCAGUCUGUCUAUUUGUUGUAUUCAGGCUCAAUUCAUUUUUUUUUGCAAAGCUUAUGUUAUUAAAAGCAACAUUUAUUUAUUUUUCAUUUGAAAUCUGUAAAUGCAAAAUGUAGUCCCAAUAUUGAAGCCUUCAACAUUGUAAAAGUUUAAGAAAAAUUAACGUUGAUUUUUCAGUUACUUUUAACCAUGAAAUAUUCCAAAGAAAAUGUGUAGCAGUAAAGUCAAUCUUGUUUAUAGUUACAUGUGAAAACUAGAAGUAGAAACAAACACAAAUGUGGAUCUAAGACUUAUAUUUGUAUACAUGUAAGUACAGUGAGAAAUUUUCAACAUUCAAAAGGGUCUGAGACUAUAAAUACAACAUUUUAAUAAUUAUGGUCAUCAUGAAAUUCUUAUUAUUCCAUUAAAUGUUUUAUAUUUGUCACACUUUUUCAAAUUCUGAAUGAUAAUUUCAGAAAAUCAAUAACAUAUAUUUUUGGCUGUUCCAAAAUUUAGUAAUGUGGGGGGGGGGGGGGACACACUUAUUAGAUAAUUGAAGGUUUUUAUUUGAAUUUUGUAGUAGAAAUAAGUAAAAUAAAAAAAAUUCCUAUUAUGGGGGAUGGGGUCUAAGCAAUGUGCCUCCCAUAUAUUUAAUUCGUCCUUAUUAUAUAUGAAAUCAGACUUCUUGGUUUAUAAGUAAAAAAAAUCAAAUGCAAAUGAUAUAUAUGUACUUUAUAUUUAUCUGUGAUUAAGUAACAGCAGAUCUGACAAACAUGCCUGUUUCAAGUAUUACUCCAUGAGUUUAACCUAAUUGAGCAGGGCUAAAAUUAGUUACAUUCUGCUUUUAAAAAAGGAAAUCUUUGAAGUAAUACUCACAUUGUGAAACAUUCCUUUAUUUAUGAGAAUUAGAUGAUUAGAAAUCAGUAAUGCUAUUUACUUUUUGUUUGCCAAAUUUUCAUAAAUGUCAUCAGCCAAUAAGCAUGAUAAGCCUAUUAGGUCAGGUCAAAUUAAUGGAGUAAUAUUUAUGAAGAUAUUGUUUCUGUUCUAUAUCUGUAUUAGUGGUAACAUUUCAUAUUAUGUUUAAUGAAUUAAAAAAAUUGUAAUUUAAAGGUUAUGAAACAGCCAUCAAUUAUAUGUUAUGUACAUGUAGUAGAAGUGUAUAACAAAAGAAAUCCAGUAUAGGCCAUUAGGGGUAUGAAAAUAAGCAACAUUGGCUUUUUAUCACAUUCGUAUGAACAGAAGUUACAUUCCAUGUAGAUCCUCAUGUAUUGAAAAAAAAAAUUUGAUUUAGAUGUUGGUUUUUUUUACUCACAUACUGUGUCAAUAAAUCAUAUAUAUACUACAUUUGUAGUUUAUUAAUUUUAGUUGAUGACUCUUGUUUUUUUAUUUGAGGGAGUAUCUAAGGUUGAUUUAAAGACACUGCAAAGAUGUUUCAGAACUGACAUAGCAAAUGAAAAAGGCUGUCAAGUUUAUACCAAGUAUCUGCCCAUAAUACAAUAUGUGAAUAAGGGGGAGAUAAUCUACUUUAUUUUAUAUCAUUCUUCUUAUAACUGCUUUCCUUAACUGCUUUGUCCAUUUCUAAAAAAACUUUAAACCACUAUUCAUAUUGUGUAUUAUUGAAAGGUAAGAAUUACGCUUCAGCAUUUUUUCACUAUGUAACAAUAACCUUUGUCAUUAUUUCCUGAAUUUAGUAAUAUUUAAAACAUAUGAAUUAAAUACAGCUGUACUAUGCUUUUUGAUUAACAAUUUUUGUAAGUCUAUUGUACAACCAGCUUAAAUGGUGUUUUUAAGUUAGAUUUAUACUGCUUGUGUUUCAUGUUCAUUUUCUACUUAAAUCAAUAUAUAUAGUAUUACUUUAUAAUUUGGUGAUUUAGAUAAGUUUCAUGCAGAAGGUUAUUCCAUAUUCAUGAGUUGUGUUUUAUAUAUACACUUUUCAUUAAAGAAAUCUAAAAAUAAACAUGAACUAUUCAUCUUUUUUAUUGUAAUCUUAUAAGUAGAAUGAUAGAUUUUUUCAUUUUCUUUGGUUGUACUAUAUACAGUUAUUUGAAUCUGUAAUGUCAAACAAGACAAUUAGUAUAUCUUAUUAUCAAAUACAUGUAGUAAUCAUUUUAGAUGUUAUUAUUGUAAAAUAAAUUUUGGAAACAAUUUUAGUUUAAUCAAGUAAGAAAAUAAUUUUGUACUCUCUGACAUGAAAUAUGCUAUAACAUCUUUAUAAUAUCAUUUUAAUAUUUACAAUUGGUCCUCAUAUUACAAUAUCUGUAAUGGUUAGAAUAAUUUUUGUUAUAAAUUUUCACAUCAUAUGAAAACUGGUUCCCAUUUUGAAGUAUGUGCCAUCAUAGAUACAUGGUAAACAAUAGGAUAAUCCACCAAGAUAAAAUCAAUCCUAUUUACAAUUAAUCAUAUUUUGUUAUUCAGAUAUAUGCUAUAUUUCUAUUGACUGUAAAUGGGAACAUUUCAAUUGAAGAUUUUGUAAGUUUAAAUCUAAUAGGAUAACAUGUUUUUUGCAAGAAGUGCUUCUAUAUUUUCAUUACUUUGAUUAGAAUUCAUGAAGUUUAAAAUUUACAAAAAUCAUUCUCAUUUCUCAAUAUACAGUCAGUUGGUGUGGAGAAAGUUUUGAAGAAUUUAACUUUACAAUCAGACCCAAUUUUAAAAUGGUUACCUAAGCUAAAAAGAAAUCAAUUUGAGGUAGUAAGACAUAUACCGGUAUGUCAGUUAAUGGACAAGUAAGUUAUACAUUGUAGUCUCUUGAAGAUAUUUAGAUCUGUCUUUAUUCUAUUCAUUUGUUUUGGUUUUCCUUCUACAUACAUUGUUUUGUAUACCAGAAUAUUUUUUUGUUUUGGCUUUGUACAGAUGUUGUACAAAGACUGGCUGUUUAGAUCUAUAAGUUUCUGAUUGUUUGUUACAGUUGUUUGCUAUUAUAUGUCUUAGCUUCAGAAUGAUAUCAGAUAAUGAUAAGAAAUUAUUACAAGUUUUUUCUGAUAUUGCACAUCAAACAUGGCUGCUGUGAUAAUUAAACUGGUUAAUAUGAAAAACUGCUUUUGUAGAUGCCCAUAGAAGUAAAAUGCCCUGUUGCUAUUCUGGGACACUUUUACAUCGACCAUCCAUGUAAGUUUUAUUAGAAAUCUGAAAAUAUGGUAACGUAAAUUCCAUUUCAUUUAAAACUCCACAAUACAUUUAUUAUUAAUUUUAUAGUGCCUUCCAACUUCCCCAAUACAAAAUUUUCUUGAAAUGCAUUAACUCUCUUAGAUUUUUUUAUGAAAUACUUUCUUUUACAUGGAAUGACGAGAAACAGCUUUUUUAUUGUGGUGUUUAUCAAGCUUUAUAGACUGUUCAGACCUUUAUAGUACAAUGGAUGGGAUUAGGGCUGACUUUUUAUGGGCACAUCAUGCAGAUUUGUUUGUAUGAAAUUUUGACCUUAGAUUUGAAUAUUCUAAUGAGAGCAAGAUAAUAUUUUAGUGAAUUCAUUUUUAUGUUGUUAUGUUGCUUCAUCUGGCAGCAGUUAAUCAAUAAAAUAUACAUAAUAUUG